AGCUUGCUAUACUGCGACAAUCUACACGGGCGAUGGCACUUCCACGAAAUCCGCGCCAUCUUCCUUCGUCGCUAUCUGCUCAAGAAUACUGCGCUGGAGCUGUUUCUGUCUUCAAGAACAGCAAUAAUGUUCGCAUUUGCGGACGAAGACACCGUACGAAAAGUGGUGGAUUAUUUGCCUCGUGUUGGUGUCGGUGUGAAGUAUGGCUUGCCACAAAGUCGAAAAACCAGCCUGAUGACACCGCGACAGCUUUUCAAGCAUUCUGAUAUGCCGCAAAAAUGGCAGAGACGAGAAAUAUCGAAUUUUGAUUACCUAAUGUUUCUGAACACCGUUGCCGGCCGGACCUACAAUGAUUUCAAUCAGUACCCAAUCUUUCCAUGGGUUCUGGCCAAUUACACGUCACCCACGUUGGAUCUUAAUAUUGCAACAAACUUCCGCGAUCUAUCAAAGGCAUUUUUCCCGUUUUCUUCCUCAUUUUUUCCGAUUGGAGCGUUAAGUGAGAAUCGGCGCAAGUUCUUCCAGGAUCGCUACAACUCAUGGGAGCAUGAAACUGUACCGCCUUUUCAUUACGGAACACAUUACUCAACGCAAGCAUUCACACUUAACUGGCUACUUCGAAUUGAACCAUUUACGACAAUAUUCCUGCACAUGCAAAGUGGUAAAUUUGACCAUUCAAAUCGUUUAUUUCAUAGCAUUGCCGAAGCAUGGGAUAGUUGUCAGCGCGAUUCACACGACGUUAAAGAGUUAAUCCCGGAGUUGUAUUACAUGCCGGAGAUGUUGCUGAACACGAACAAAUUCGACUUGGGCAAAAGAGAUGACGGUUCAGCCGUCGGGGAUGUUGUUUUACCGCCAUGGGCUAAAAGUGCUGAACACUUCAUUGCUUUACACCGGCAAGCACUGGAAUCUGAUCUUGUCUCAUGUCAGUUAAAUCAGUGGAUCGAUCUCAUAUUUGGCUAUAAACAAAAAGGACCUGAAGCG